UGCUCUACAGUUCGUUGAAAAUUUCGCACUAUUUCGAUCACUUUAUCUUUCUUCAACACCUCUUUCUUUCUCUCUCCUCUCGUUCUCUCUGAGAUUCAAACCCUAAUCGCAGUGAUUUGGAGGAUCGAUUUCGAGCUUUAAUGAAGGUGUCAGAACGCCACUGAUGAUUUAUUUUGAGGGCUGGCAAUAUGGGAGUUGGACUGACACUUAAAUGUACAGAAAAGAGGUAGUCUUUUUUUCUUCACAAAGUCCUAGCUGCUGGAAAUCUGCGGGCUAGAUUAUCUAUGCCUGGCAACGAAGUUGGAGAUAGGGUCCACAAUUUUUUUGGGCAAGACAACUUGUCUCAGGGCCAGCAUCAUUCACAGGCUGUAGACGGGAAUUGGCCGGGUCUAAAUAACAAUCUUUGGGUGGGAAACCAGAGACAGAUUGGUACGCUUCCAACUUCCAAUCCCAAGAAUUACAGUGUACAACAACCAGCAGAUUCUGAGAGAGGACAUGGCAGUCAGUCUUCUCGAGUCCCACAUGGCUUGAACUUUACACAAUCAACUCUGAGGCCUGACAUUGUCAAAAAUCAGUCUCAGAAUCAACAGCUGAAUCUGAAUGGCUAUAUGCAUGGUCAUACUGGUUUUCAGACAAGGCAGAAUGAAGCAAACCUUUUGGGAGUGGAUACAGAAUCUGAUCGGCAUAGCCUAACAUCGAGAGGCUUAUCUAGUUUUGAAUCACAGCGAGGGAAUGGUCCUGAACAUCAUAGGAAAAAUUCAGUAAUGAUGGAAACUACCGAAUCUCCUGUUAAUUUUGAUUUUCUUGGUGGUCAGCCACAGAUGGGUGGCCAGCAAUCAGGCAUGCUGCAAUCUUUGGCAAGGCAACAAUCUGGGUUUAAUGACAUGCAGAUUCUCCAGCAACAAGUGAUGCUCAAACAAAUGCAAGAACUUCAGAGACAGCAACAAAUUCAGCAACAAGAAACAAGGCAACACAAUUCCAUAAAUCAAAUUCCCUCCUUUUCUAACCAGGCUCCUGGGAACCAUUCACCUGCCAUGAUUAAUGGAGCUCCCAUCCAUGAUGCAUCUAAUUAUUCAUGGCACCCUGAGUUUAUGUCAGGAAACACAAACUGGAUCCAGCGUGGUGCAUCACCUGUAAUCCAGGGAUCCUCUAAUGGACUCAUGUUUUCCCCUGAUCAAGGUCAGGCACUCCGCAUGAUGGGUUUGGCUCCUCAACAGGGUGAUCAGUCUUUGUAUGGGGUUCCUGUUUCUAACACAAGAGGUACUUCGAGCCAAUAUUCUCAUAUGCAAGUGGAUAGGGCAGCAAUGCAGCAGACUCCAUCUGGCAGUAAUUCAUUUCCAAGCAAUCAAUAUACUGCAUUCCCAGAUCAACCUAGCUUGCAGGAUGGUAAUUUGGUUUCUAAGCAGGGUUUUCCAGUGAAAAAAUUGUUUGGGCAGGCUCCUGGUCAAAAUUUAAGUGGUGGUGUUGUUUUGGAAAAUUUGCAGCAAUUGAACUCCCAGCAAAGAAAUGCACCUUUGCAGGAAUUUCAUGGAAGGCAAAAUCUUGCUGGUUCAUCCGAAACAUUACAAGAGAAAACAGUGAUGCCGGUUGCUCGUGCUCAGAGUUCAGCUGGCCUUGAUCCAACUGAAGAAAAGUUUUUGUAUGGUACUGAUGACAGUAUUUGGGAUGUCUUUGGCAAGGGCUCCAAUAUGGGUACAGGAGGCCAUAAUCAGCUGGAUGGUACAGACAUUGGAGGAGCAUUUCCUUCCAUGCAGAGUGGAAGUUGGAGUGCUCUUAUGCAGUCCGCUGUAGCAGAAACUUCUAGUAAUGAUAUAGGGCUACAGGAAGAGUGGAGUGGGCCGAUUUUUCAGAGCAUUGAACCUCCAACUGGGAACCCUCAGCCAGCGACAUACAGUGAUGGAGGCAAAAAGCAAACAGUUUGGGCUGAUAACUUGCAGGUUGCCUCUUCAUUAAGUUCUAAACCUUUUAGUUUACCUAAUGAUGUCAAUAUGACUACUAAUUAUAGUAGCUUCCCUGGAUUUCAGCAAUCUGGACUCAAAUUUUCAAAUGAAGAGAGUGAGAGGUUGCAGAUGAAUUCUUCUCACAGAUCCAUACAGCAUUCUUCUGAAGAAGGAAGCAAGUGGCUAGAUCGCAACCCUCCACAAAAGACAGUUGGUGAAGGGAAUCAAAAUUAUGGAAGUGCCACCCGUUCUUCUGAUGCAGGUCCAAACUUGAAGAGCAUUUCAGGACCUUGGGUCCAUCAACAGAGCAUAUCCUCUUACAGCACUGGUGGCCAACCCAGCAAUAAACCAAAUGGUUGGAAUUUUAUUGAGUCUGGAGCACCUGGUGGGGAUGCUACAAUGAGAGCUCAUGAAAAUGAAAACUUAUUGCACCAUUCUCAGAGUAAUGAUCUUAACAGAGCCAUGCAUGGUUCUGGUACAUGGAAAGCUGAUUCCCUUCCUGAUUCAACAGUUGAAUUGGACCAUGUAAAGUGUGGCACUGGAAGUUCACAGGUCAAUAGAGAAGAUUCCAAUCGUAAUAAUGUUGCUGCAAUACCAAAUUUUAGUUCUGGAAAGACCAGCCAGGAAACUAGCCAACAGCUUCCAAAUAGUCAACAUGAUUAUUGGAAAAAUGUUGCUUCUCCUGUGAACUCUAAAGGAAAUGAAGGCUUGGGGAAACACCAGCAUCAUCUAAAUAAGGGCCCUCAGGUUUUGGAGUCAUCAGUGAAUAGCUCUACCAAGGGAGCAGUUGAAAUGCAUGAGAUGGAGAACUGUGAUAAAAAAGAGAACUCCAGUGAUGGCUAUCGCUCUAACUUAUCCCAUCGUGCUUCCUCUGGUGGUUUGAGAGAAAAUGUUUGGUUAGAUGCAAGUGACUCACGUUCUUUGCCAGGCGCCAAACAAAAGUUGUCUGGUCAGGUUGGUAGAAAAACCUCGGGGUCUCGCCGAUUUCAGUAUCAUCCAAUGGGAAAUUUGGAAGUGGAUAUAGAACCGUCUUAUGAAGCAAAACAUGUUUCACACGCACAGGCCAUGUCUCAGCAGGUUUCCCGGGGAUUAAAAAGUCAUGAACAAGGAUUUUCUGGACCAUCUAAAUUUUCUGGUCAUGUUCCUAAAGAUUCGAAUGAAAUGGAAAAGGGUCCAUCGCCUGAAUUUCAGGGAGACACAAGAGGAGUAGAUGAGGUACCUUCUAGAGGAAUAUUUCCUGGUUCUAUGCCUAAUAUGUCUGCUCCUCCUGACAGAUCAGUUGGUAUCUAUAUCCAAAACAAGACUGCUCAAUCAAGUCAAAAUAUGCUUGAACUUCUUCACAAGGUGGAUCAAUCAAGGGAUCGAGGCACAGCAGCUCAGUUCAGUUCUUCAGAGCGGAAUUCACUAUCUGAGAUGCCAGAACCAGAAACUUCUGAUGGGUCUGUAGGUCACCUUCAGCGAAAUCAGUCCUCUGCUUCUCAGGGUUUUGGUUUGCAACUGGCCCCUCCUUCUCAGCGAUUGCCUGUUCCAAACCGUUCCUUGGUUUCUCAGAGCUCCUCACAGACAGUUAAUUUGCUCAACUCGCAUACCUCUCCUGAGAUAGGAGAUAAGAGUCGUGCAUGGUUGGCAUCCACUGCUUCUGUUCAGUCUUUGCCUCCUUCCCGUGAAGCAUCUCAGGGAGAGUUGAGAAAUAAUAGAUCUGUUACUCAAGGACAAACUGGAAAGGAAGCCCCACAGCCUAACAUUGGAGGAAGCUUUUCUACUGCUUUUACACCUGGCUUCCCUUAUUCUAGGAGUCCGCUUCAGAAUCAGCAUAUGACUGUUGCAAGUGGGCAAGUUACAUCUGAUCAAUCUGUCAAUGCAUCUUUUGAUAGGUUUGCUGCCUGUUCUAGAAAGGUUGAUGACUCUUAUGAUAGAAUUCCAACUAGUCAAUCUGCAACUGCACCAUUAUCUGAUUUAGCUGCCAAUGCACCAUAUAACAACAUUGCUUCCAUGUCAGACAUGUCCCGCCUGAGUAGUAGCAACCAAUUGCAUGUGAGAGGUUCCACCCAACAGACCCCUGUGUUGGAGGCUGUGCCUGUUUCACGGCCUUCUUUUUCAUCUGGCACAUCCCAUCAGGAUGGUUUUUCAAAGGUACCUAAUGUAUGGACCAAUGUUUCAACUCAACAAUGUUUACCAGGUGUUGAAGCUCACAAGGCGCCUUCCAAUGUAUUUAAAUCCCAUUUUAAAUCAACCAGUAAUUCAGAAACAACUUCCUCCACAUCACAGAAGCUGGAUGAUCAAGAUGCCCACAAAGGAGGGAGUGGCCCAUCUGAGUUUGGAGUAUAUUCUUUGAAAGAUCAAGCCUUUGGUUCUGUGGAAGAGCAGCCAGUGAAAGACAGCCCCUGGAAGCAAGUGUCAUCUGAGAACAUUGACCCAGUCCAAAAGCCAAUGCAUGGUUCACAAGGAAAAGAAUCUGUUGGUAAUCAUCUUUCUGCUGCAUCUCCUUCAAACCCUGCUGCCACCCAAAGAGAUAUUGAAGCUUUUGGCCGUUCUUUGAAACCAAAUAAUAGUUUGAAUCAGAAUUUCUCAUUGUUGCAUCAGAUGCAUGCCAUGAAGGGUACUGAGAUUGAUCCUGGUAAUAGGGGCUUGAAGAGAUUUAAAGGACUGGAUUGCAGUCUGGACUCUCAGGGAGCUCCUAAGGCAGGACAACAGUUGGCAUAUGGCUACAAUACAGUGGCCAGGGAUGCAUCAGUUAAUCAUACCUCAGUUCCAUCUGAAGAUCCUAAGAUACUAAGUUUUUCAUCAGAGCAAAUGGAUAAUCGAAAUAGAAAUGCAUCUUCUCAAGUUUUGCCUGGAAGCAUACCUUCCCAGGAUAUGCUUGUGUUUGGACGAAAUGAUUCUCAAAAUUACUCCAGUGGUAAUAAUUCAGUUUCUUCUAGAGCCGAGCAUUCUCAGAUUAGUCCCCAGAUGGCACCUUCCUGGUUUGAUCAAUAUGGAACCUUUAAAAAUGGGCAGAUGUUCCCUAUGUAUGACGCGCAUAAAACCACCACUAUGAGGACUGUGGAGCAGCCAUUUAUUGUUGGUAAAUCUUCUGAUAGUUUGCACACACGGAAUUCAAUGGACCAAGUAAAUGGUGCUUUUGAUACCAGUCAGGUUGCUAAUGUCCAGCAUAGUUCUACCCCCAUCUCAAUGGCAAGUGAUCAUCUCUCUGCCCCUCUUUCAUUGCCUCCAAAUGUCACUGAUCAAAGUUUGGUGGUUGUGAGGCCAAAGAAGCGUAAGAGUGCUACAUGUGAGCUUCUACCAUGGCAUAAAGAGGUGACUCAGUUCCGUAGGCUUCAGAAGAACAGCAUGGCAGAACUAGACUGGGCUCAAGCAACAAAUCGAUUGAUUGAUAGGGUGGAAGAUGAAGCUGAAAUUAUUGAAGAUGGUUUUCCAUUUCUUAGACCGAAGAGAAGGCUUAUUUUGACAACACAGCUUAUGCAGCAAUUGCUUCGCCCCCCUCCAGCUGCAAUUCUCUCAGUGGAUGCCAGUUCAAAUUGUGAGAGUGUGGUCUACUCUGUUGCUAGAUUAACAUUAGGGGAUGCAUGCAGCUUUUUGUCUGUCUCAGGAAGUGAUUCGUCUAUGUCUCUGGAGAGUGGAAACCUCCUGGCUGAGAAGCACAAGACAUCUGAGAAAAUUGGUGAUCAGUACUUCACAAAAGUAAUGGAAGACUUCAUUAGUAGAGCAAGAAAGCUGGAAAAUGAUUUGUUCAGAUUGGACAAUAGAGCCUCAGUCUUGGACUUGAGAGUGGAUUGCCAAGAUCUAGAGAAGUUUUCUGUCAUCAACCGUUUUGCUAAGUUCCAUAGCCGGGGGCAAGCUGACGGGCCUGAGACCUCGUCCUCCUCUGAUGCAACUGCAAAUGCUCAGAAAACCUGCCCUCAGAGAUAUGUCACCGCACUCCCAAUGCCUAGGAACCUCCCUGACAGGGUACAAUGUCUUUCACUUUGAUCAUUAAUUAAUUGAUUUUUCUCCCUCUUGGUCAAUUUUCUCGACAUAUAUCCCUCCUGCUUCUCUGGUUUACUUUCUUCCUAUUUAUAUGCUGGCACUUGCUCUGCCACAACCUUAGGAAUGGGAAUGCGGGAGAAGAAUGGAUGCUAGAUCUGUCUCCUUAAAAGCAGUGGAGGCUCUUUGAUCUUUUCAAUCUUACUAGGCCCAUGAUGUCAUUCUUGAGAAAUAUAAAUUGGUCUUUGUAUAUCUCUGUGAAAGUUAAAAUAGAAACUUUGGCUGGCCCAGUCAUUUUUUUUUUACAGGAAA